AUGCUUCAGUAUACACAAAAACGAGUCAACGGAAUUCAAGAUUUGGAACGCAAGCUCAACGAGUUUGGAUACCGCGUCGGCACACGAAUGCUCGAACUGCUUGUUUGGCGCGAGAAAAGCGCAAAGCGAGAAACACGAGUACUGGGAGUACUAUAUUUCAUCCAUAGCGUUGUAUGGAAGGCAUUAUUUGGAAAACAGGCUGAUUCAUUGGAGAAGAGUACCGAGAACGAAGACGAAUAUAUGAUUUCCGAUAACGAUCCCAUUCUCAGUCGAUAUAUCUCUGUUCCCAAAGAGUUGUCACAACUGAACUGCAAUGCAUUUGUUGCUGGUAUCGUCGAAGCAGUGUUGGACGGAUGUCAAUUUCCUUCCAGAGUCACGGCACACACUGUCCCAAUCGAUGGAUUUCCGCAACGAACAACAGUAUUAAUCAAAUUAGACAAAGAAGUGUUGCAGCGCGAAGAGCUAUUAAAGUAG